UAAGUUUCGCUGGAUAGGCGCGUUUUGAGUUAAUAAAAUAUAUUUUUAUAAAUUCUCGCACGCAUUGUUAGUGCAAAUUGAAUAAAUUAGAGUGCAGAAAUGUUUGUGCUCUAUGAAACGCCUGCGGGCUACGCAAUUUUCAAACUACUGGACGAAAAAAAAUUGGAACAGGUCGAUAAUCUGUACAAGGAGUUUGAGACACCGGAAAAGGCAAAUAAACUGCUUAAAUUGAAACAUUUUGAAAAGUUCAAUGAUACCACCGAAGCGUUAGCCGCCGCCACAGCGGCAGUUGAGGGCUCGGUGUCGAAGCCUCUGAAGAAAACAUUGAAGAAACUGCUUGUUGACGAUGUACAGGCGUCGCUGUUGGUCGCGGAUGCUAAAUUGGGCAGCGCCAUCAAGGAUAAGUUGUCGGUGCAAUGUGUCUAUAAUACGGGCGUGCAGGAGUUGAUGCGUUGCAUACGCCAGCAGGCGGACAGUUUGCUGGGUGGUCUGCCCACUCGUGAGAUGACUGCUAUGGCAUUGGGUCUGGCACACUCGCUGUCACGUUAUAAGUUGAAGUUCUCACCGGACAAAAUCGACACAAUGAUUGUGCAGGCGCAAUGUUUACUUGAUGAUCUGGACAAAGAGCUCAACAACUACAUAAUGCGUGCACGCGAAUGGUAUGGCUGGCAUUUUCCCGAGCUUGGAAAAAUCAUCACCGACAAUAUAGCGUUUGUAAAGACUCUGAAAUUGGUUGGCACACGCGAGAAUAUGGGAGCAUCUGAUUUGUCCGACAUUUUGCCCGAGGAAGUCGAGGAGAAAGUGAAAGAGGCCGCUGAGAUUUCAAUGGGCACUGAAAUAUCCGACGAGGAUGUACUAAAUAUUCAAUGCUUGUGCGAUGAAAUCAUAGCUAUCAAUGAUUAUCGUGCUCAUUUAUAUGAUUACUUGAAGGCGCGAAUGAUGGCCAUGGCACCCAAUUUGUCGGUUUUGGUUGGCGACACAAUCGGCGCUCGACUGAUUGCUCACGCCGGCUCUCUGAUCAACUUGGCCAAGCAUCCUUCCUCGACAGUGCAAAUAUUGGGUGCUGAAAAAGCAUUGUUUCGAGCACUGAAAACCAAAAAGGAUACACCGAAAUAUGGUCUCAUCUAUCAUGCUGAGCUGGUGGGUCAGGCAAGCCAAAAGAACAAGGGCAAAAUGUCGCGUUCGUUGGCCGCUAAGGCGUCCCUGGCAACGCGCGUGGAUGCGUUUGGCGAAGAGGCUACGUUUGAAUUGGGCGCCACGCACAAGGUGAAGUUGGAAUCAAGGUUGCGGCUCCUGGAGGAGGGAAACCUACGAAAAUUGUCUGGCACUGGCAAGGCAAAGGCCAAAUUUGAAAAAUAUCAGGCCAAGAGUGAGGUGUUUACGUAUCAACCUGAUGCUGAUAAUACGCUUAAUGUAAAAAAAAAACGAAAGCACUCGGAGGCUGAAACGCCGGUCAAAGUAGAGCCAGUGGAUGUUAAAGAAGAAGUCAAAGACGAAGAAGAGACCGAAAUUAAGUCAGAAAAGAAAAAGAAGAAGAAUAAAAAUAAGAAUAAGCAUGGGGAUGAGGAGGCCCCACAGCAGUCUGUAGAGGUCAAACAAGAAGAUCCUGAAGAUACGCAGCCACCGAAAAAGAAGAAGAAAAAGUCGAAACAUCAAGAAUGAGCACCCACAACUAUCAAGUUUUAAAUAUAGUUUUAGAUUUAUGUAUUUUAGGAAUUGUAAAAAAUUACAAUACAGUUUCCGGAAAAGCUUACAUCGGUUACGUUGUAGCCUUUUAUUUUAUUUUUUAGAAAUAAAAUAUACCUAAUAUCCAA